AUGACACUGGUAUCUCCUCCGCCUCAAUUGGCAAUGACCGUCAGCAUACAGAAACCUCAAAAUACCCAUUCCAAUGAAUUCUUCACUUCCUCCCUAGUCACAGAAGGCUCUGCUUUCAAAGCCGUACACGUAGACGGCUCAGUGGACUACAUCGACAGAAAGGCACUGGGCGGCAACAAACGAAAAUUGCCAGACAAGUACUUUCGAAAACCACAGUUUAUAGCAGUCCUGGUGGCGCAGUGCUUGUCCACUGUCUGCGCAUACAUGUGCUGGCUCGUCCCCACGAAUACACUAGACAUUAUUGCCACGGACCUCAACUCAGAAAGUGACAUACUCUGGGUACCAGUCAUAUGGAUGAUAGGCACAGGCGUAGGUAUCCUCCUCUUCGGCCGCCUCUCCGACAUCUUCGGCCGAAGAUGGUUCGUCAUGGCGACCACGGCUGCCGGGAUAUUCGGCUGUAUUCUCGCAAGCACAGCCAAGAACACGUCGACUAUUGUAGCUGGCAGUGCUUUUGUCGGGGUAGCUGCCGCUGGACAAUUCGCCACAAACGCUACACUAGGAGAACUCGUGGCUAACAGGCAGAGAGGUCCCGUUCUAGCGCUCAUCUAUGCUGUUUCGAUACCAUUUGCUGUGUUUGGACCUGUAGUCGCACGAUCGUUAAGUGAUGGGUCUGUGCAAGGUUGGCGAUGGAUAUAUUACCUGGGUAUCAUGUUGAAUGGCAUUGCCUUGGUGCUGUACUAUUUCUUCUAUUACCCGCCUUCGUUUAAGCAGCUGCACGUUGGGAAGAGUAGGGCGCAGCAGCUUAAAGAAGUUGACUGGGUUGGUAUUUGUCUGUUUGUUAUGGGAUCGAGUUUAUUCUUGGUUGGUAUUUCGUUUGGUGGUGUCACAUAUCCUUGGAGCAGCGCAGCCGUCUUAUGCCCGCUCAUUCUAGGCAUCGUCGUCUUCAUAGCAUUCGUCAUAUAUGAAACGGCAUUCUGUCGAGUCCCUCAAAUUAUGCCACCCAAAAUGUUCAAAAGCAUCCCUUUCGUCGCAUUAAUCGUCUCCAGCACAUUCAGCACCAUGGUCUUCAGCGCCGUAACGAUCCUAUGGCCAGCCAUAAUUCGAUAUCUCUACACAAAGAACACCAUCGAGAUCGGUUGGCAGAGCUGCACAGUUGGAGGAGGCAAUAUCCUAGGCUUACUCGCCUCCUGCUUCGCCAUAACAUACCUCCCAAACGUCAAGCUACAAGUCAUUGUCUUCUCUGCACUGACCUUGAUCUUCGUCAGCGCCCUCUCCUCGCUUUCCGCACAACACUGGGCCAGCACAAUUGCAUUUGGGCUCAUCGGAUGCGCUACAGUCGGAUACGUCGAAAAUGUCGCCAUCAUCGGCACCAGUCUCUUCUGGGAGGCACAGGAUAUUGGUCUGGCCAUCGGUGUAUUGGGUUCGAUCAAAGCCUUUGGCGGCUCUAUCGCGCAGAUCAUAUACUACAACGUCUGGAAAACAUCACUCGCACGCAAUCUACCGAAAUAUGUGGUUCCUGCUGCAGUUAACGCCGGUUUGCCGCCGAACUCUGCGGACGAGCUGUUGUUGAAUAUGACUGGAUCACCGACGGCUGUGCCUGGUGCGGAUGCGAAUGUCAUGGCGGCUGCGGUUCCUGCGUUUGUCCGGGCUGUGGAAGAGUCUUUGAGAGUUAUAUUUUACGUUUCUAUACCAUUUUCAGUUAUAUUGUGGUUGUCGGCGUGCUUCUUUCCUGAUUUUAGACCCCUUCUCACGGAUAUUGUGGCGAGAAAACUACAGACGCGAGAUGAUCGCCAUGAUGCCGAGGCGCAAUUAAAACGAGAUAACUUUGAACUUGGAUGA